UUCUGACAAAUGAGAAUCCUUGUGCUGGCGCAUGCGCAGUGCGCAUAGUAGCAGCAGCAGCUUUAGCAGACUUUGUAGUUGUAAACGAUUGUAAUUAUAGUGUCUGUUUACAUCUAGCUUUCGCGAGUGUCACUCACAUUCUCGAUUGAUGUAAGGUUAUGGGUACCCAGUUUGAAAGCAAUGCAUCUGUCACUAAGGCCAUUUUGCUGCAUUUGCGCUUCUUCUCAACAAGAUGCAUCCCUUACAAGAAUAUCAAGUGAAAAAGGGCUGCGUGAAAAUUUAGAAACCUUGUUAGACCAGUAUAUUGUUCCUGUUUUGCUUCUCUCCAAAGAUGACAAGUUAUGUGUAUGUGAUACAUGUAAAACAAGAUUAUUUGAGUGGGAUAUUUUCAUUAAUACAUGCAAGAUCGCUCAGAAAAGAUUUAAAGAUUCUUUAGCAACAUGUAACCAUACUGAUCUUCCAACCUGUGCAAAAACACUAAGUGCGAGUGAAAAUGCUGUGUCAUUAGUAACAGAAGCCAGCCCUCCCCAUAAGAAGAAAUCAUCUAAUUAUUGUAUUGCUCAGUGGUGUAACCAAGGAAAUUACCAAGGUGUAUCUCUCUUCCGUCUUCCGAAAGAAAGAGAACGAGCUUUGUUAUGGCUGACAGAAGCGGGUAGAUCUGAUUUGAAAAGUUUGAAAAAUCUAAGAUCAUUAUAUUUGUGUGGAAAUCAUUUCACCCGUAACAUGUUCACUAAUAAUGCUCGCAAUCAGCUCGUGAAAACAGCUGUGCCCAAAAUAUUCCCUAAGCCAAACUAUGCUGAUAAGAUUGCUCUUAAAGGAGCUGCCUCACAAAUCUACCCAUCACAAUUUAAAGGUGUUCAGCUGAAGAGCAUCCUACCCAAAGUUGGUUUGUCAAAUAGUGUGUCACCAACUACUUACAGGAAGGUUGCAAUGAAAGCCGUACCAAAGCCAAAGGCUGGAAAUUCAUUACAUCCAAUUGUGAUGUGUCUAUCCUCUCAAACUGCAGAAGAAACAUUGUCUGUAGGUGAUAAUCAAAAUUCAUGUCUGCUCUUCGGAAGUCCAUCCCAAUCCUCAACCUCACAUGAGAGUAUCAUUCCUAUUGUUAAUUCUUCACUGCCACUCACUGGCAUUGAUGCAGUCUCCCAAAAUGAUAACUUUGCAAUUUUAUCACCUUCAAGUACUUGUGUAAAAGAUCCAUAUAAUACCAACACACUUUACAGUGUUGUGAAGCCUUCAAAUUCAAUGAAAACAGGCUCUGCUGUUCUUGAGUCAAGCUCAAGUCCUGGUGAGACUACUGCUCUGAUGACAAAGGUGAGAUCCUCCAAUGCAGGAAGGAAAGAACAAAAACAAUACCUUGAAGAGCUAGAAUCAUGCUUUGCCUCUGACACUUUCAAUUCAAGUGCUCUCAUGGAUGUUCAAGAAUUUAAAAAUACUAGUUUGCCUCUUCCUAAGCAGGUGUAUCAGAAUUCUAGCUCAGAAAUUUGCCAACUUCAAUCUCUUAGUCAAACUGACACUUAUAAAUCGAUUGCUGGUUCACAAGAUUUUCUAUUGCCUCACAUCUCAGAAAACAUUGCCACAUCUUAUUCUGAGAGUUCUGUUCAUGCAUCUGAUGAGAGUACUCAUUCAGUUUCCAGGGAACCUAAUCCCAUUCUUAAUCCCAAUAAUGAACUAAACUCUCCUCACAUAGGUAUUUUUGACCUACCUUCAGAUGAUAUUCAAGGAACAGAAAGUUCUUUCAUUAACACUAUGGAGAAUCUAGAUGAGCUCAUGGACUUAGAUAAGUACUUUGAAGGGCGAUAAUAAGAAUAAUUUUACCAUGUACCCUUUUUUUUAAAAACCAAAUUAAUCUCAUAAAUUAGUGUAUUUCAAUAAUACUUUUCUUUGGUUCUAGUAAGAAAAUAAAAGUCAUGUUAGUGCAGA